AUGGACACUGUCAACCUGGGGUCUUUAGAGUCCUGUGAUGUCACCUCAGCCUAGUCAGUGCUCCAGCAUUACCAUGAACCAUACACAAAACUCUGGUUACAGGUACAAGCACUUCCUUUAUUUGCAAUUUUUGCUUCAAAUGUUUUUGUAAAUACAUUUUUGUAGAACAAAGUCAAUUAAUAUUUCUUCAUUGACAAUGCAACAACAAAAACUUCUACUUUAAUUAUUAGCAAAUGAUGCACUCCAUCAUCUUAACAAAAGGGUGCCUCUACAUGCAUUUACAGUAUUUGUGUUUUGGAGAAUGACUGAGCGAUGAUUUUCGUCCAAUUCUGCUAAAACAUCAACUCCCAUAAUUCCUAGUCGGUGCGUAGCAAUCUAGGCUGCGAUGACGUCAAAGGUAGGGGACCUCAGUCAGUUCAGUGUUGGCAAACUAAGACAUUUUGUUGGUAGGAUAUAGGCACUCAAAUAGUGUUUAUAGCCUGUAUUUACUGACCUGUGUAAGUAAGCUUUUUAAUUAUUAUCGAAUUUCUGUUUUAUAGGUUGACAAACGUGCUAUUAGCACUAUUAACCUAGCUUACAUGCACAGUAUGUACUUGUAUGCUUUGACUAGCAUGCUUAUUAACAUGUUAACUGUAACAUUUUGCACAUGCAGUAACGUAGGAGUAAGUUUAACAUUAUUGCAUCUGUUUUAGCUGGUCAUGACUUUUACUUUGCCGAAUACACUGCAUUAGUUCUAGUGUGUAGAAAUACGUCUUGCCUAAUAAUAACAUUUGGUUGCCUGUUGUACUUGUUAGACUGUGUUUAUAUCUUAAUAUUACUGACAAAAUGAAAUACCAAAUUGUUAACUAACCAACUAAUUAUCAAUAGCCCAAUAAUAUUUUCACACAAUUCAUUUUUCAUCAUGUAUAAGUUACACAUGAGGAAAGAAAAUAGAGAAACCAUCUUUCCUGAAUACACUGGUCAAGCAGGUAGAGGUAUUUUUCAUCAUUAAUUUUAGUCAGUUGUAUAAUUUAACUGUAAUUCAGUAGCCAAGAAAUACUGAAAAAUAUCACCAUAAAUAUUAUAUUGUCUGUCAUUUAGUUUUACCUGCAUCUUCCACAGCUGACCAUCUCUAGUUUUGAAAUUGAUGUCACCUAAAAAUGAAUGUGCAUUUUCUUUAGUGGGGUUGAAACGGUGUCUGCAAGUUGUAACAUACAAUCAAUGACAUUUCUCAGCAGAGCUCAUAGAAAGAUGCCCUAAAAAGAAGAAAGGAUGCAAUAGCUGUAGGUCAUGAUUUGGACUCUGUGGCACUGAGUGUCCUCCAGUUGAGAAGACGGGAUGCCCUACCACUGUGUGGCCUAUGGAUGUGGCAGAACUGCAGAAGAUGGUGCGACACUGUUUAAAUUCCCCAGGGACCCUGAGGAAUUUCGCAAAUGGGAGAAGCAGGUCCAGCGCAUCCGCACCCAUUGGAUUGCCACACCCAACUCUUACCUCUGCAGUGAGCAUUUUGGCAAAGAGUACUUUGAGUCCAGACCAGCCACGGGGACUGUAAAGCUGAAACCGGGAGCUGUUCCCACAGUGUUCAUCCGUCCACACUGUCCCUUGUGCAGUGGAGUGGGCUGUAGUAACUGCCUGCCUGUUAUCCAGCACAGGGGCAUUGCAGCUGAGCCAAGAAAGCAUAACAUUACUGCCAAACACAAUGAAAUGGCUCCCAUUCAGUUUGAUGGCAAUUAUGGAGGAAGUGAUGACAAACAUCUGGCAGGAAGACGAGUGAACCUUGAUGAAAAAAUAGAAGAACCAGUGGUGUGUGAGAUGUGUGGCACAACUGGCAAUAUUAGUACCUUCUUUUUGAAGAAGACCAAGCGUUUCUGCUCUACAUCUUGCUCAUGCUCCUAUUCAUCAAACUCCAAAAAGACCUCCACACUGCGGGGGAAGCCCCCCUUAAAAAAGGUUACUGCGGUGAACAAAGCCUCGCUAAUCCCAGCAGGACAUGCAUCUGCUGCAGGAUUUGACUGGGGUACCUACCUGGAGAGGGAAUCAUCUCUGGCUGCGUCUGUGUCCUGCUUCAGACAUGCUCCACUGUGCGCCCAGUGGGAUGACAUCAUCGUAGGGAUGAAGGUGGAAGUCCUGAACACCAACGCUGUCCUUCCCAGUAAAGUCUAUUGGAUCGCUACUGUUAUCCAGGUUGCAGGAUACAAAGCCCUGUUAAGAUAUGAAGGCUUUGAGCAGGACAGCAGCCAUGAUUUUUGGUGCAGCCUUGUUUGGAACCCGAUUGGCUGGUGCGCCAUGACGAGCAAGUUGCCGGUGCCGCCGCAAGAUGUGAAGCAGAACAUCCCAGAUUGGAAAGAGUAUCUGAUGAAAAAGCUGGUGGGAGCCCACACUCUACCUGUUGACUUCUACCUGAAGCUGGCUGAAAGCAUGAAGAGCCCUUUCAGUGUAGGCAUGCAUGUGGAGGUGGUGGACCCUAAAUACAUUAGCCGUACCCGUGUGGCCAUCAUAGACUCAGUCAUUGGUGGCCGUCUGCGGCUGGUGUACGCUGACCAAAGCGACGCCCCUGAGAACGUCGUCUUAGAUUUCUGGUGCCACAUGUGGAGUCCCCUCCUGCACCCAGUAGGCUGGUCAGAAAAAAUCGGUCAUGCCAUUAAAGCACCUGCUAACAGUGUGGAAGCUGCUGCCAGUGGUGUGAGGGUCAGCUCUGACAAUAUGUUCCUGCUCUUCAAAAAGCCUAGAAUCGUUUACAUGGAAGGAAGUUUCUUUGAAGAAGGAAUGAAGCUUGAGGCAAUUGACCCUCUCAACCUGGGCAGUAUCUGUGUGGCCACUGUACACAAGGUACUGUUAGAUGGCUACCUGAUGGUUGGUAUUGACGGCACCAUAUUGAACAAUGGCUCUGAUUGGUUUUGUUACCAUGCCUCCUCUCAUGCUAUCCUUCCUGUAGGCUUCUGUGAAAAGAACAACAUCCCUCUCACUGUACCUCAGGGUUAUGACUCUCAGACCUUCACAUGGGACAAAUACCUGAAGGAGACCAGUGCUAAAGCUGCACCAGUACGACUGUUCAAUGCUGACUACCCAGGGCACGGCUUCUCCCCCAACAUGAAGCUGGAGGCAGUAGACCUGAUGGAGCCACGCCUGUUGUGUGUGGCCACUGUGAGGCGCUGCGUGGGCCGACUGUUGCUUAUCCACUUUGAUGGCUGGGAAGAUGAAUUUGACCAGUGGUUCGACCACCAGUCUCCAGACAUCUACCCAGUCGGCUGGUGCGAGCUCAUGGACUACCAACUCCAAGAGCCACCGGGACUCGUUGAUUUAGUCACAAACCAGGAGGCACGGAACAAGAAAUGCAAGCCCUUCACAUACAGGAGAAAGAAAAGGAAGAGUGUAAAAAAGAGGCUUUCAGAGGAGCGAGCUAAAGAUGAUGCUGGUCAGCAGCCUGAGGUCACCACCCAUUCACCACUCAUCCAGCCCAAGACUGAGCCAGAGGAGGAGGAGAUAGUUGCAGUGCAGGUGAAAGUGGAGGAGGUGGAGAUGGAGACCCCUAUUGAGCCUCCCAGCAGCCCUCAACAGAUCUGUCUGGGGAGCCUCAAACAGGAAGACGGAGGGGAGCAGAGUUCAGGACUACACAGGGUUCCAGAGCAGACCAGCUUGAAAGACAUAGCACAUGACAAGACAGAGGAAAGCAAAACGGCAAAAGAUGGAAAUGAAGAGGGGGGAUCGUUGGAGGAGAGCUUUGCUUGUGAGAGUAGCAUCGAACAGAGUGAACGUGAAAGACACAAACUUGACCAAGAGGAGGGGAGCCAAGAAAAUGACAAUGCCACAGAUGAAAUGAGCAAUACUGAGCAGGACACUACAGGAGAGGCCAGAGGAAUGGAGAGAUGAGACGAAUGUGCCUGCUCAAAGACGUGACGGGAGAAACAAAUUGACUGGGAUGAUGAUUAAUCUAUUCCAUGAUGGAGUAGGUUAAUUUAAUAUUAUUACAGCAACCAAAAUUGAACAUUAGUAGGGAGAGCUAUUCCUUAAGAUUUUAGUUGUGGUUGAUCUUAUGACAAAACCCACAUUGUUUUAAUAAAGAAGUCAACCUAUA